AUGUCUUACAGCAACCGUGAUAACGAGAACUAUUCCGGUAGCGGAAACAAUGACAGCUACGGCUCCUCUGGUCGUUCUGGAAAUGAUGGCAGCUACGGCUCCAGCAACACCGACAGCUAUGGCUCCUCCGGCCGUGGCAAUGAUUCCUACGGCUCCAAGUCCAGAGACAACGACUCCCACGGCUCCUCCGGCCGUGGCAAUGAUUCCUAUGGCUCCAAUUCCAGGGACAACGACUCCCACGGCUCCUCCGGCCGUGGUAACGACUCCUAUGGCUCCAAGUCUAGGGACAAUGAUACCUACAGUUCGUCUGGCCGUUCUGGAAAUGACGACAGCUACGGAUCGAACAAGUCUUCCAGCACCAGCGGCGCCUAUGGAUCAUCAGGCAACGACUCAUAUGGAUCCAAGUCCAGAGAUAACGAUACCUACGGUUCGUCUGGCCGUUCUGGGAAUGACGACAGCUACGGAUCGAACAAGUCUUCCAGCACCAGCGGCGCCUAUGGAUCAUCAGGCAACGACUCCUAUGGAUCAAAGUCCAGAGAUAACGAUUCCUAUGGCUCUUCUGGCCGUGGCAAUGACAGCUAUGGCUCUAAGUCCAGAGAUGACGACAGCUAUGGAUCAUCUGGCCGUUCUGGCAACACUUAUGGCUCUGGCUCUGGCAAUGACAAUGAUUCUUAUGGAUCCAAGUCUCGCACUUCUGGAAACACCUACGGCUCUAAUGACGACAAUGACACCUACUCGUCAUCCAAGAAGUCUAGCAACACCUACGGCUCUAGCAAUGACGACUCUUACGGAUCCAAGUCUCGCACCGACAACACCAGCUCUGGCUACUCCCGAAAUGACAACAAUGACAAUGACAAUGACAACGAGAAUAAGUCCGCUACCUCCAAGGUCCUCAACAAGGUUGGUGAGAUGAUUGGCAACAAGCUGUCUGGUAGCGGUCACCAAGAUUCCAGCUCCAACUACUAA